AGAAGCUCAAUUUGUUUAACUGCAGUCUUGUUUUAUUGUUAGCGAGAUGUAUUGGCUGCUUGUUCUCCAAAUCGUAGUAGCGUGUGCGCUGGCACAACAAAAACUACCGAGCUACAUCAAACCGUGCAGCACCAAAAGCCCGGAUUUUUUGAAAUGUGCGCUGGAAAGUGCCAACGAGGCGAUUCCUCACAUCGUUAAAGGUGACAAAAGCUUGGGCAUACCGAAAUUGGACCCUCUCCGCCUACCCUUAAUCGAGGUGGAACAAAACAACUUCAAACUCUCGUUGAAAGACGUCCAGAUUUUCGGAAUCAGAAACAUCAAAGCCACAGCUUUAAAUCUUGACCCGUCGCAGUUCGACGCGACCUUCGAAAUUGAAAAUUUGAACCUUGUGGGUACUCACCACACAGAUGGGAAAGUUUUGGUCUUGACUUUGCAGGGUGAAGGUCCGGCGAACAUGACCGGGGUUGGUGGUACCUAUCGGGUCACCGCUGCGGUUACUCGGUACACGAAGGGCGGGCUCGAAUAUUUGAAACUGGAGAAACCGAAGAUUGAUUUUACGCUCAAGCGGGCCUAUUUCCAGAUGGACAAUCUUAUCGCUGGAGACCAGAAACUAAGUUCGGAUAUCAACCAGAUUUUGAAUGACAGUUGGCAGGAUGUGUUGAAGGAUGUGGGGGCUCCGAUUAAGGAAACUGUGAGUGCGAUCAUCGAGUCGAUUGUUCCGAAGAUUCUGGACAAAGUACCGGAGAAGGAGAUUUUUCCGGAAUGAGUUGUUGAUGUUUUUGUAUUAAGGCUAGUGUAGUAAAGAGUUGUUAGUAAA